AUGGCGAGCCAUCAGAGCUUGGGGCAUUGCGGAACGGCGGAGGCGGCAGAGGAGGAGGAGGAGGAGGAGGAGGAGGCGAAUGAGAAGGAGGAUACAAGACUGAUAAUGCAUUGGACCGACAUGGAAGUGGAAGAGAAGAAUCUAUUCCCCCGCCUCCGAAGGAUAAAGCAUGCCUUGCAGGCCGCGAUGAUCGAGUCUUCCUCCUGGGAAGAAGAAGAGGAGCUUGUGGGAGUGAAGUUUCCUGGACAAGCGCAGCUGAAAGAUGGGCUGGACAAGGAGGAGGUGGAGACUCUGAGAUCCAUGUUAGAGGUCAUGAAGGAGUUGGACAAACUGCACAGGCAGAGCAUGCGGGCGAACUCGAGGAGGAGAAGCAUCUGCGCGUCUUUGGAUCAAUGCCGCCAUGAGAGCGUGGACAGCGUGAGACACUUCAGGACAGCCAUGCAGGACAUGAUCCGCAAGCAUGAGAAGUGGUGCUCCACCUGGAACUUGUGCAGGGGCGAGGUCACGAGGGCGGUGGAAGGAGAGGUCCAACAACAGGUGACAUACCGGCUGCUCCAACAGAACGUCGUCAGCAUUCCGAGCCAUUACAGUAAGAUCCUCCGCAAAGACGUUAUGUGCCUGCUCGCCGACCUUGAAGGUGGGCGGAACUUGUGCUUGUUCUCACCCAGCGUGCAUGUCGACGGGCAGCUCAGACAUGUCAAGUUUCUGAGUUCCCUUUUCUGGCGAUGGGCAUCGUCAACCGGCAAGAACCACUACCUGUACAGCACUCUGUUCUUUGCUUCCCGUGCGUUGGAGCUGAGAAUGAAAAUCCGCGCGACGUGUACAUGGAGGCAUGUGUGCGAGGGGGCGAGGAGGCAGCGGGCAGCUGCCGAGGAGGAGAAUGUCUGCCCGAAUGAGAUCGUGAGAGACGACAAGCCGCGGAGCAGGAGGCGCGAUUUCUUGUCACUCCUGACCGAGCUCCAGGGUCGCCCAGGAGUUCCAGAGGAGAAAAUGGUCAUGAGCAACUUUGUUGAUAUGGCCUGCGACGAGGCUGUCAAACUUUUCUUAUGCGGACAGGAGGGACCCUCUUCAGGCGGCGUGGACAACGGCGACGAGCUCAGGAGGGAGCUGGAGCAGUGCUGUGCCCAGCGGUCAACCCUGCAGCAGCAGAACGAGGAAGCAACUCUCUUCAUCGCUGCUUGCCGUGCUGAUGCCCUUCCUACGUCGUCGAGGCAAUUUGCCGACGAGAUUCAAAGGCAGAACCUGAUCAUCGCCGAGACGGAAGGCGCGAUGCUGCGGAGGAAUGAGAAGUUCGAACAAUACUGCCAACAGAUCAUUGAGCAAAACAGGGCACUCAGCGAUCAAGUAGCUGAAAUGAAGAUGGAGCUUAAAGGCAAAGAGGACGUCAUCGUCCAGCUUCGCCAGGAGUCCGAGAAGAUCUACUCUGAUGCCGACAGCCUGCAUGUAGAGUGCGUCAACCUGGCUCAGAUUCACGAUCUGGAGAGCAACCUCUCUCGCAGCCAGCAAUCCUGGUCCCAGGAGCGCGGGAAGCUGCAGGAGGAGAUCGAGAAGAACAGGAGCCCGUCCAAAGCCGACUAUGCUGCCAUGCAGACCAUGUAA